AGAGGCUGCCCGGCUGCCGAGGAAGACCCCCUUUCGGACUGCGGGGCUCGGGCUCUGGGACAAGGCGGGCGGGCGCUGGAGGCUGCCGCAGCCUGCGUGGGUGGCCCUGGGAACGGGCGACCGGCGCCGGCAGGAUGGACCUGGAAGCCUCGCUGCUGCCUACCAGCCCCAAUGCCAGCAACACCUCGGACGGCCCGGAGAACCUCACCUCGGCCGGGCCACCUGCUCGCACAGGGAGUAUCUCCUACAUCAACAUCAUCAUGCCUUCCGUCUUCGGCACCAUCUGCCUCCUGGGUAUUGUUGGGAACUCCACGGUCAUCUUCGCGGUGGUGAAGAAGUCCAAGCUGCGCUGGUGCAGCAACGUCCCUGACAUCUUCAUCAUCAACCUCUCGGUGGUCGAUCUCCUCUUUCUCCUGGGCAUGCCCUUCAUGAUCCACCAGCUCAUGGGCAAUGGCGUCUGGCACUUUGGAGAGACCAUGUGCACCCUCAUCACGGCCAUGGAUGCCAACAGUCAGUUCACCAGCACCUACAUCCUGACUGCCAUGGCCAUUGACCGCUACCUGGCCACCGUCCACCCCAUCUCCUCCACCAAGUUCCGGAAGCCCUCUGUGGCCACCCUGGUGAUCUGCCUCCUGUGGGCACUCUCCUUCAUCAGCAUCACGCCCGUGUGGCUCUAUGCCAGGCUUAUCCCCUUCCCAGGGGGCACAGUGGGCUGUGGUAUCCGCCUGCCCAACCCGGACACUGACCUCUACUGGUUCACCCUGUACCAGUUUUUCCUGGCUUUUGCCCUGCCCUUCGUGGUCAUCACGGCCGCAUAUGUGAGGAUCCUGCAGCGCAUGACAUCCUCGGUGGCCCCUGCCUCUCAACGCAGCAUCCGGCUGCGGACAAAGAGGGUGACCCGCACGGCCAUUGCCAUCUGCCUGGUCUUCUUUGUGUGCUGGGCGCCCUACUAUGUGCUACAGCUGACCCAGUUGUCCAUCAGUCGCCCGACUCUCACCUUCGUCUACCUGUACAACGCGGCCAUCAGCUUGGGCUAUGCCAACAGCUGCCUCAACCCCUUUGUGUACAUCGUGCUCUGUGAGACCUUCCGCAAGCGCCUUGUCCUGUCGGUGAAGCCCGCAGCCCAGGGGCAGCUUCGAGCCGUCAGCAACGCCCAGACAGCUGAUGAGGAGAGGACAGAAAGCAAGGGCACCUGACACUCCCCCUGCCAGCCUGGGUACCUCCAGCUCAGGACACCACAGCAGACUGUGGGGAGAGAUGCUGAGAAAAACCCAAGACUCCUCUGGGAGAAUGCAGGGAGGCUGGGUGAUGAGGGGUUUAUGCAACUAGAAACAUUCCACAGGGCCCACCAAUUGCUGGGGGAGGCUCAGAGCCAGGUGUGGAGGCUUCACACAUCAAAAAUCCCCUGGGGAGAGCAGGAUGAGACCUUUGGGUUGAAAGAAACUGUGCAAGAAGAAAAUUUUGGUUUAAAUGUUCAGUGGAGCCCUACAUCUGCUAGCUCCCAAAUGUCUUUUUUCUUUUGGUGAGGAAGAUUGGCCCUGAGCUAAC